AUGGCUGAUCAAAGAGAAACAUCUGAUAAGAAAGUAGGUGUACAAAAAGUUGAUACUAAGACGUUGAAUGAACCAAAACAAGAAACCGUUGAUGCAACGAAGAAGGAGACGCACGAUGAAUUUAAAAAACUUGAGAAUAUGAAAGAUAUGGAAUUUAAUUCUCCAUAUCAAUCUUUCGAAUUAGAAGCGGACAAUGGACCUAUGGCAUCAUCCAAUGAUCAUAUACUUAUUUAUGAAAAUUUAAAAUUUGUAUUAUAUGAUAAAGAUAAAAAACUUAAAGAAAUUGAAUGGAAAGAAUAUGGUACAGAUGGUCUAUUAAUUUGUAUUGAUCUAUGUUAUUGUUCAUCAAAAAAUAUAUUUAUUAUUUUAACACGAAGUAGUUUAUAUCAGUUAAAUCUUGAAACAUUUGAAAUAACAGUUUUAAAUGAAAUAAAAGAUGAUAAAAGUGGUGGUGAUGGAAUAAAAAUAUUUUCAUCAGUAACAAAUCAUGAUGAACAUAUGUUUAUUGCUUAUGAAAAUGGACAAUUUGUUGAUAAAUGGUUAUGGAUACCAAAAUUACAAUUGAUUAAUAAAUGGUCAAAAGAAAAGAUAUUAGAAGAAAAUGAUGAUUUUAUUAAAUGUAUUCGAACAGAUGGUUCACACGUUGCAUUACUCGUUUGUGAUAAAAAUAAGGCAUUUCGUAUCGAAGUAUUCGAUUUUAAUUUUGCUCAACGAUUAGUACAUCAUUUAGAUAUUGAUGAACCAUCAUCAUCAUCAUUCAUCUUAGCAACAUUGUUUAAUAAUCAAUGGUUAUUAACAGAUUCAGAUACACAAACAAUUUAUUUAAUUGAUGAAAAUAAUCAAAUACAAAAGAAAAAAUCAAAAGAUAUUUCUCCAUUUAUAAAUAUUGAUGAUUUAAGACAAUUAGAGUCAAUCGAUGAACCUGAACAAUAUGAAUCGUUUAUUUGUCAACAUUUAAAAAUAAAUAAUCCAAAACAAAAUUUUCUAACAGCAUCCAUACUCGAUUUGUAUACGUCUAUAUUUUAUCAUCUUUGUCAUGAUUCAAAAUCCAGUCAAUAUCAACCAAAACAAAUUAUUUGUAUUUUAACCAUUAUACACGGUUUAUUAUGUGAAAUUCAACGUCAUCCAGGUGAUAUUAUUAAACUAAAUAAAGCAUUUGUUCAUGUCUGGGAUAUUCUAAUGAAAACAAAACCCAAACCAUUUUUUAAUCAAUACCAAUAUUCUAUUGUAAUCGAUUUUAUUAUUCAAACUGUAUUUCAACAUCGAAUAUUAUAUGAAACAAUUUUAUCUGAAAAACCAUUACAUCAAGAUAUUGAUGAAAUACGAACGAUUGAUCACACGCUAUUCACACAAAAGUUAUUACCUUCACCAUUAACCGAAGCUAUUCCAUUAGAUGUUUACAAUGAAAUCAUUCUUAAAUUACCAUUGGUACCAGCAGAAAAUAUCGAAGAUUCAACGCAAAUAAUGAACAAUAUUAAUCAAGAUGUGGUAAAACAGUCAAAUAAUGAAGAAUUAGAACAAUUAGCUGAUAAUGUUGCCAAACAAUUUAAAAAUGUUACACGAGAGAAUGUUUUAAAAAUAUUAAAUGAAGUAUCGGGUGAAUUUAUGAAAGAUCUUAAUCAAGAUAUGCAUGAAAAAUUGAAACAACGAGAAAGAGAUAUAUUAGAAAAGUUUAAAAUGUAA